GAAAAUGCAUAGGGAAGUACAGUAGGAUUGUCAAGAUGUGUAAUGAAUUUAAAGUGAGAUUAGAUGGCAAAGCUGAGGGUCCAUCUCCAGCAGUUACCAAUUGCUCCAGUGCCUUGUUGAGUUAGGUAUAGCUUGUUCUAUCCUGGGCUGUGCUCUGAAAGUAUAAUGAAAUGAUCUUAAAAUAAAUUUAAGGGGGCUGUUUACUGUGAUAUAACAGGAGGAUGUGGGAUGUACUUAAGUAGCAUCAUUCUUAAAGUGCAAACAAUUGCAUUGGUCAUAAAAUCCAAUCCAGACACCUCCAUAUGAUUUAGAGAUAAGGAAGGGUAAAAGGAAAUGCUCAUGUAAAUUUACCUUUUCCACAGAUGAAUCAUCAGGUAAAACCACCACAAGAUAAUCUAACCAAAGUGAUGGAAUUUGUUCUCUUGGGCUUUGCUGACAUGCCCCAUCUCCAGUGGUUUCUUUUUGGAUUGUUUUUAAUCAUCUAUAUCAUUAUCCUGAUGAGUAAUGGCACCAUAUUUCUCAUAACAAAAAUGGAUCCUGCUCUCCAGAGCCCUAUGUAUUUUUUCCUGGCAAAUUUUUCCUUCUUGGAAAUCUGCUAUGUAUCAACUACUUUCCCCAGAAUGCUGAUGAAUCUAGGAACCCAGAGAAGAAGAAUUUCCUUAGUUGCCUGUGCUACACAGAUGUACUUUUUCUUCACGUUCGGAAGCACAGAGUGUUUGCUCCUGGCAGUGAUGGCCUAUGACCGCUUUGUGGCCAUUUGUAACCCUCUGCACUAUCCUCUAGUCAUGAACCACAGGGUCUGUAUCCAGUUGGUGACUGGCUCCUGGGCCACUGGAAUCCCAGUUCAGAUAGGGCAGACGUAUCAGAUUUUCUCUCUGCCUUUUUGUGGAUCUAAACAAAUUAACCACUUCUUCUGUGAUAUUCCCCAAAUACUCAAGCUGGCUUGUGGGGACACCUUUGUAAAUGAGAUGUUGGUCUACAUACUUUCUGUGUUAUUUGUCAUGGUUCCCUUUCUGUUGAUACUGGGCUCCUACAGUAAAAUCAUCUCCAUCAUCCUGAAGUUACCAUCGGCCACAAGUCAAGCCAAAGCCUUCUCCACCUGCUCAUCUCAUCUUAUGGUUGUGAUGUUAUUCUUUGGAUCAGGUAUUAUUGCCUACUUAAGACCCAAUACUAGACACUCAGAGGGAAAUGACAAAGUGCUAUCUCUUUUCUACACUAUCCUAACUCCUGUGUUUAAUCCCAUGAUAUAUAGUCUAAGAAAUAAGGAUGUCAAAAUAGCACUGAGAAAAUUGCUAUGUAAAUAAUUCACUAAAGAAUCAGGUAAUGUAUGAAAAUUCCUUUCUUCCAUAUUUUUAAUUAAAUUUCAACAGAUGUAUACUUUUAACCAUAACUUGUGUUAUGGUUUA